GAAACACACGAGCUAAACGAGAUUAACUACCGAAGAAACCAUAAUAGUGUCACGUUAUAUAGACUUAUACAGUACAUUAUCGUAAACCCUUCAGUAGUGUAUCCGAAGUCAGUUCGCUUGUUUAGUGCACCAAACUUUAACUGCCGAAAUUCUCAGGCUGGUAUAUAUUCGAUACCUUAACACGGCCCGAAAAUGGUGUUGAAUUUUAGUGUAUUUAAAAAAAGCUCUUCCGACGGCAAAAUAAUUCUGUAUCUGAGUAAACGCGACAUCGUCGAUCAUAUAACAUACGUCGAUUCCGUCGGUAUGUAUAGAAAUAUUUAUGUUUAUAAACGCGUAUAUACUGUAAUAUAAAUACAGGGCCGGUUACAAAGGAUUAGGUCAAUAAAUAUAAAAUAUUUCUUGCGUAAAAACGUUGGGAGACUGAUUUCCCCCUUACCCCGAUAUAAUAUUUAUUCAAGCCCCCCGCCCUGUCCAACGGUUCGUGUGUGGAUUAUGGUUCCGCGUACUCCGAACACAGCUUCUGGUACCGCCCAUAAUAAUAAGAACAUUUCAUAAAUCCAUAAUCCUUUUCUCGUGGGGGGGGGGGAAAUAAAAAAUAUUAUUUUUACGUUUAAAUAUAAUAAAUCGUCAUAGAUAAAACGCAAUUGUUCGGAUUAUUUUAAAAAUAGAUGCCUCACCAAUCCAAAUACAAUACGGUAUAAAACCGAAAUACAUGCAUAAAUGUAUCGUUUUAAUAUAUAUAUAUAUAUAUAUAUAGUAUAUACUAUUUCAUUCUAUAUUUAGAGAGAAUAUUCCGUAUAUUAUUGGUGCCUAAAUCGUCAGCAAAAUUUAAAACCUACUUUGUACGCAUAGGUACUCGGUAUACCGAUACCACCAAUACAGUUAUAGGUUUUUUUUUAUUUCUAUGGACGUAAGUUCGCGUAUAUCGAAUACGCAUGUCAAACAAUCGCUGAUCACUGCUGUGUAGGUAUUGAAUUUGUAUUAUUCGUCGAUGAUAAAUGAAUAAACACGUGAGUAUCGAAAAUCGAACUUUUUUUCAUUACCUACAUUAAUAUUUAUUGUUCAAAUUAAUUUUUUGUUAAAUGGGCUUUUGUCAUUUUAUAAAUACCUAUAUUUAUUUUAUUACAUAAUGCUAAAGUCACUCGAUUUUAUACAUUAUUUUGCAUGCCAAGUGACCUAAAAGUAUUUAAUAAUAUAAUUAAUUUUAGACACUAUUGAUUGGUUUAUAAUAGCUGACAACAGACACUGUAUUUUAUCACUGCCUACCGAGUUUUUAAUUUUUGCAUAAAUUAUAAUGUUGUAAUUUUUGUUUUAAUGUCUUACUUUGCAUAUAGGUAUUAGAGCAUAUUGUGGCGAUUGUAGAACGUUAUAGAAUAUUAUAUAGCUAAAUCAUUUUUUGAGCAUAUUUUAGUAUUUUACUGAUUUUCGCUAGGACAUCAAAAAAGACAAUUUUACAUUUUUAUCAAUGAAUAUUGACAUCAUAUUUUGAGCUUUUUAACCGAUCAAAUAUGCUCUUUAUUAAUCACUCAUUUACACAUGGUUAAUAUUUAGAGUAAUUCGAUUUUAUUGAUUAACGUCCACAACUAUAGAACAAUAACUAAGAUGACAUUUAUUAGUCACCAUCUCUCGUAAUUGAUAAUUUAAAUUAUUAAUAUUGGGCGUUAAUAAUGAUUGCGGUCAAUAAUUAUUGUAGUUCAAAAAUGUUAUACACAUCAGAUUUAAACCGAAUUUAUUUAUACACUAUACGUUUCAAAUAUGAGAAUAAUUAUUUAAGAUUGAGAAUACGCGUUCCUUACACAGCCGUUGAUAUUUUUUAAUUGUUUUUUUUUUUUUUUUGAGAAUUUGACUAGACUGACUAGAAUAUUAUACUCUAUGAAUAAUAAGUAACAGCACUAUGAUAUUAUUUCAUACAUGAUAUAUAGUAAAAAUAUUAGCAGAGCUCCGUCACUAGAUUCGGAUGUCCUUCCUAUUUUUUAUUAUAGAAAUAUUAUUCGUGAAAUAAUAAAUGACCUAAUGUCCUAAAAGUAUUUCACCAAAUACUUUUUCAAACAAAAGUAUUUUUAUAUUAUUCUUUUUUUUUUUUUAUGGACAAAAAAUAUAUGGGACAAAGAAGCCUGAAAUACUAAACGGGCUAAUAAAUAUAAUUUAUUUUAAUGGGAUUUAAAAAAGUCGUGUAACCAAAUUUUAUAUACGGACUAUACCUAUACAUUUUGUAUUAUAUUAUUGGUUUUACAAUAACGUUUAUUUUUUUAUACUGUGUAAAAAAUCUCUAUCAGAAAUCUUGCUCCGAUUUUCAAAUGUAGCACCCGUCCCUAGUAUCAGUUCUUUUUAAGUUUUCAUUUGUUUCAAAAAAAUAAACUCACAAAAUUUUAUUAUCUUUAAGAAUCCAUGUAACAAUUUAUAGACAUUUUAAUUUCGCGAGUUUUUCGUCAUUUUUAUUCAGUAGAUACUCAUGUAUAUACAAUUUUUAAACCAAACAAAAAUGCUUGAAAAUUUAACAGGUUUACUAUAAGUUGUAAUCCAAAAAAAAAAAAAAAAAUUGAGUAUUAUGGAGAAUCUUCUUUUUAUAAGAAUUUGGAUACCAAAUUUUUACAAAAAUCGUAAAUAUUACGGUCUUUCAAAACAAUAUAUAUAACCGAACUCUGUGCAGAAUCGUUUUUCGUUACCAAAUCUUUGUAUACAGAUAUACCUACACCAAAUUACGUAAUAUAUUAUAUUACUAUGUUUAAACUUAACUAAAUUUAAUUUCAGAUGGCGUUGUUAUGCUGGACAACUCUUAUUUAAAAAACGGAAAAAUCUUUGGCCAAGUCGUAUGCAGUUUUCGAUACGGCCGAAAAGAAGAUGAAGUAAUGGGAUUGUGUUUUCAAAAAGACUUGUACUUAGCGUCAGUGCAAAUAUAUCCUCCUCCGGAAAACAGUGAACCGUUCAAAUUAACUAAAAUUCAGGUGAGCAUUCUGGUUUGUAAAUAAUAAUUAUUUUUAAAUAAUGUAAAUCGAGUACCCCGCGAAGAUUUAAAAUGCUUGAGUCAUAUAUGAGAUCAUUGGAAUUCAAAACUUAGCAGCUUAUAAUAACUACACAUUAAGUAUAUUUUAUACAUUUUCUGGCCUGCAUUUCUUUAGUAUUCUUCAUAUUUAACUAUGCGAACAAACUGCCAGAAUUAGAUAAUAUUCGUACUUAGCCAGUGAUAAGUGAUAAUAAGGCAUACUAUCCUAAUCACUUAAUAUUACAUAUUUUUUUUAAAUUUAUUAUGUUUUUUUUUUCUUUUACUACAACACAAUCUAAUUUUAAUUAAAAUAUUAUAUACAUAACCUAUUAUUUUAUAUAGGUAUUAUUAAUAACUAGGGCUCGGAACUUUAUGCAUCUUUAUAAUCCGCAGAAAAUAGCUUAAAAACGUCAAGAGAGCUCUGAAAAAAAAAUUUAAAAAUCAAAAUUAACAGAGGGCUCAGAAGGGUUUAAAAUUUCCACCCCGAUCACCGAACCAUUAAAUUUAAUUAUCUGACACGUGCAGGUUUCUUAAUAGUAACGUUUUUCGAAUAGUUCAAAAUAUAGCUACCUAUUUAGAAUAUAUCUACUGAUCGGUGUACUAAUGUUCCGUAGGAAUGUUUAUUAUCUAAAUUGGGAAGUAACACCACGGCGUUCCGUUUUAAAAUGCCUGAUAAUGCACCGGCAUCGAUUAUUUUGCAAGACGGGUCGACGAAUUUGGCUGACGCGUGCGGUGUGCAAUAUUAUGUGAAAAUAUUCGCAGGCGAAUCCGAAACUGAUCAUAACCGUGCAAAGUAAUUUAUACUAAAUAUUAUUAUUUUUACUUAAAUAUUAUUGUACAAGUACUAAAGUUUCGUUAAACGAUAUUUGUAACAGUUUUUAGUUUACAUAUAGAACUAAUUUUAAUAAAUAAUCAAUUAACCUUUUUCCUGUUUGCAUUGACAGUAGCGAGGUAUCUGUUUUCACAGUACUUCUCCAACGCUGUCGUCGUUUGUAAUAAAUAUAAUUAAAUGAUACGUCAAAAUCUUGUUUUCCUCUUAGUGGGGUUGCAGAUUCACAUUGAAUUUAAAGAUGUAUUAUAACUAAGGAAUGAGAUGAGUACAGUGACCCGCAUCAUCCCUUUCCCAAAUGCUAACUUAAGCCUAACCUAAACAUACGACAUUGAGCCGAUAAAGACGUCCCCAUCGGAGAAGAACGUCGCGCCGAAGGGUGUCAGACGACCCGAGGGUGACGGUCGCCCUUGGCCUCCGUGUAAUCGGUACCCUAGCUAAGCCGUUUUGGUUGUCAAUCAUUCUUCCGGUAGCUCAUCGACGAUCCUUAAUCACUACAAUCAUUCAAAUUUUAAAUAAAUUUUCAUAUAAUAUUGUUUUUAGAUUCUGAGAGCAACGAUGAAUAUAUUCUUACUUCGAUGUGUGCUAUUUUGUGUGUCUGUAAACAAUUUUCUACCAAAAAUCUCACUUCAAUUUUUAAGUGUAACGUCUUUUACGAAACCGAAUUUCAUCUAGUUGGUGCAUUGGGAGGUCUUAUUUUAUUUUAUUUACAGAUUUCUUAAUAACUAGGAAAAACGGGAAAAUAAAGGUUGCAUUAUUAUUUUCGAUAUUGUUUUUUUGUUGUGAUUCAGUUAAACAUAAUCGUAUAGAGACUAGGAUUUUUCACAGAAUACUUACAUAGUAUAUUCUUUUCUAGACGUAUUCGUCAAAACAUUUUGAGUUAUUUAUUCUUAUAGGUAACUAACAUUUUCGAUUAUUUUAGUACUUUUUAUGUGAAUAAAAUUGUUUCAGCAGUACAGAUAUGUGUUAAAGUUUAAAACAAGAUUCAUUAUAAGUUGUGCUUAGUGUCAAAAUAAAGUUUUGCAUAGUUUUGAAGUUGACAUUUUAACGAUAAUUGUAAAAACUACGACAUUUCAAAACAUGUUUAACCGAACUUCGCUCAGAAUCAUAUUUUUUAGCAAUGAUUUACCUUAACAUACUGCAGAUAUAAAUUAAAUAAUACUAUGUAUACUACCUUACCAGCUUUCCACCAUAAACAGGAUUAGUUCUUUUUAAAGAAAAACACGUGUUGUGUGUUAAUAGUAUAAGGUUUAUAUCAUUGGCGUAAUUCGUAGGGGGGUUAGACUAAGAUAUAUUAGAUGUGUAUAAUUAACAAAAAUACAAGUUGAAGUGGUUAUGUCAUAUAGGUACAUUUUAACUUUUGUACUAAAACAAGAAUAGUUUCUUUUUGUAUAAUAAUUAAAAUUAAUUCAAAAUUAUAUACAAAAACGCUAUGCCGAGUUGCACACAAUUAGUUUUGUAAACUGUUGGUUUCAUAAUCUAUUGAUUCUAUAAAAUAAUAGAAUUGAAUAGAUUUUAUUUUCCUUUAAACAUAAUAUAGAUGAUAACCAUGUAUUUAUACAGUUAAAUAUCAUAAAAUACAGUUGCCGACAAAUUUAACCUAGUAAAAAAACAUCUAAAAAACCUUUUGUCGUUCAUCGUAAUAUUAUAUCGUGUAAAUUGUAUAGAAAAUUAUAGAAAAGUACGAACAGUUUCAUGGUAUCACAUCAGUAUUAUAUGUCGAAGAUUUUAGAUUCUGAGCGAAGCGAAGAUUAUAAAUAUUGCAGGUUCACUAUGAUGUGUGAUUUAUAAAACUCUGCUAAGAAUCGUUUCACAUUAGUAAUGGUUUGUCGUUGCGUACGGAUAUAAAUUAAACGACUUUAUACACCCAUAGUCCAACUUCCCUUCUAGAACAAGAUAGCAAACGCAUCAGCAUUAUUAUUAUCCUUUUUUUGUACUUUAUAUUCACUAUUUUUUUACCUAAGACACCGUACAGCCAAUUCAAAAACGAGGUCGAACCAACGUGUUUUGUAUUUAAAUAUUAUAAUACGAACGGUAUAAUUAUACGCAGGAGUUUCGUGGCUAUGCGCAUCCGUAAAAUCCAGUUUGCUCCGGCCAUGCGUCCUUCGAGCAGACAUCCUUGCACCAUCGUCCGCAAAGACUUCAUGUUCAGCCCCGGCCAACUGGAAUUGGAAGCGGUACUCGAUAAACAGGUAUAAUAUUAUAUUAUUAUUAUUUAUGACUUAAUUAUUAUAUUAUAUUAUAAAGCACACAACGUGUCCAGUGCCAGUACUGGUAUACGCUGUACGUCAUAAUAUUAUACUGAAUACCGGUAAAUUAUUAUAUUCAUUUCGUAUACAGCUAUUUUCAAAAUAAUUAUCGUUGUAUACUCGUACACAUAAAAUAUUUAAAAAUUAAAAAACAAUUAAACAAAAAUUCGGUGGAUUUACUGUUUGAACUUUAAAUAGACGAGCCAUAUAAUACGUAAAUAUAAUUAUAUUUGAUCGAAUUAAAACGAAAUUCUGGACCUCGGGGCCAAGAAGAUCCGAACUAUCAUGUUUAGUAAAAAAAAUUUUAUUUUAAAAAAAUUAAAUUUGAUGUUUCUUUUUUGUGCGAAGGGAUGAAUUCUCGAUCACUAAAAUUACAAUAAAUGACAAAAACAAAAAUAUCUAUUUCAAAUGUGACUAACCCGACUUAAAUUAUUAAAUUCAUAAGGUAAUUCAAGAAACUGAGUUUAGACCUUCUUGGCUUGUGAUCCAGAUAACUAGAUAUCUAGAGGUAUAUUAUAAUUUAGUUAGGCAAAGGGGGACGAAACUCCUCUACUAAUUUUUUUUUUUUCUAGAAUUUAAAAAAAAAAUAAUUUAAUUUAAUGUUAUAGGUAAUAUUACAUUUUUUAAAAAUGCAGUAUUAUUAUAGCUCGGUCUUAAAAUAUUAUUUAUUAUUUAAUUAUCAUAUUACAUUUACAGUAUUAUGUGGGUGAGAAGAGUGACAAGAUAAGAUAGAAUAAUGAACGAGUGCAUAUAAAGUGAUGUAAAAUAGGCGUCGAUAGAAAAAAAAAAAUGAAAGAAAAUACAUUAAAAUUGUUUGGAGAUAUCAUGAAAAAUAGGAAUCAGUAAGAAUAGUUAUGUAGUUAAACGUAGAAGAAAACAGAAAAGAGAGGAAGGUCGAAAAAAAGUGAUUGAAUGCGAUUAAGAAUAAUAUGAGAACAUCCAAGGACAGCCAGUGUAUGCAAAGUGGGAUCGGGUCAAAUAGAAGUUUAGACCUACUCUAAAUAGCUGAGAUAAAGGUAAGGGAGGAAAAGAAGAUUACAUUUGCAGUGUUGCACUUGUGAGUUGUGUGAUAAUAAAUUAAGUAGUUUAACAAAAAUCUAAACACCAUCAUUUUUUUUUCCGAAAAUAAGAAACAAUUGUAUAAAAAAUAAAAUAAAUAAAUAAAAUAUAAAUUAAGUACCUAUAAUAUAUUAUAAUAGUAUUAAUGUUAAAAUACAUAAAAUAAAUAAGUAGGUAAACAAAACCGUAACCUGCAUGAAUAUUGUUUUAAGAAUCCAAGAAAAAAUUCCCAAAGUCAAAAAAUAAAAUAUACGUUUACGGGAAAUUCGUAGAAAUUGAUAUUUUUUAGAGGGAAGGAUACUAAAUACAAAUAACUUAAUUAAGAGAAUUCCCGCUAAGUUUCCUCCAGAAGUUUAGAUUGCACAAGAAGUUGCGUUAAACAAUAACCAGCGCACGGACAACCAAACUGAAGCCCUCCGAAAAUCGGGUUGAGUUCAAUAAAUGUAAGUGGCCCUAAUUUUAAAAUAUUUAUAAACAAUUUUAUUAGACUUGUGUUCUUCUAUCCGUCGUGUUCUUUCAAUUCGAUUUUGGGAAAAUGUUUCUAGUUAGUUCCUCCCCUGAAAUAACCUCAUAAGCGCCCAUGAUGACACAUAUGAAUUAUUGAUAAACGGCAUACAUUAUAUCAGUUUUCUUAAUGUCUAAACAUUGAAAAAUAUCAUGCAAAAUAUUAAUAGGCACAUCAAUUAUAUUUUAGCAUUUUAUACCUCGUACUAGUUUUCUAAAGAACAGUCCUUAUUAUAUCAUAUAGGUAAUAGCUAAUUAGACAAAAUUAAAAUACGAAUUAAGACAAUAAGACAGUAUUUUAAGUCGUGUCAUAUGUAAUUGAUAUAUAAUUAAAUUAUGCAAGUAUAAAUAAUUAAUCAGUUCCGUCAAUAAUAGUAAAAGGUAGUUUCACUAGAGUAUAUUUUGGUUUAAUUUAAAGGCUUCGGCGUGUCUGCGCUUAUAUACUCUGACCCCUGUGUAUAAAAGAUCUAAUAAAAUGUAAGUUUCUAUCUUAGAGCACACAUUUAGUCUGUGUACGGUUCAACACAUAUAGGAGUAUAUUAAAUUGUUUAUUAAAUAUUAUUAUUACAUUGCGUUGUGUACGUGUACGGUGUGCAUCGUCGCCUUCGUAUACCGUCAAAGCGGUGAAAUAGGACGAGGAUAAUGACAUGCGCGCCUAAAGUAAAGUAAUAACACUAGUGUAUAUUAUACAGAGUGUUUCAGUCAAACAGCAAUGUGAAUUAUCUGUACUGGAUGGAUUUCGACUGAAACCAGAACAUCAAAUUCGAAGAGUCGUGUGUGGUUUUUUUUUUUUUUUAACUUUCCACAACCGCUUUAUAUUGAUAUUUGAUUUAAUUAUUUUUCGGUUCUUUAAAAUUAUUUAAAACGUAUGUUAUAUUAUUCUGAAUGAAGCGAGGAAUGUAUUGUAUGUUUUGCUAUCAUGUGUUUUUCUUUUUUUUUUUUGUGCUCGUAAACAACUUUUCUACCAGAAAUAUUGUUCCAAUCAAAAACUUUAUUGUGAAACGUUUGACCUAAUCAGUGCGUUAAAAAAGUAAUUUUUUGAUUUUCCUUGUAGUUUUCCUAAUAAAUCAGACAACUGACAAUUUUCGGUAUAAUUUAUAUUGAUUUCCGGGUUAACUUGGCAACAGGAGAAAAAAUACGACUAAUAAUAUACUCUGCUCAGAGUCGUUUUGCCGUUAGCAAGUUGAUCGUUGCGUACAAACAUCUCCUAAAACAGUGGCUUACCCGUGUCAGUAACGUAUUGAACUUUUUUUUUUAUUGUGUAUGUGUAUAUUAUUAUGAUUAUUUUUGCUUACGGUGUACUUCUUUUCAGAAGUAAAUCAGCAAUCUGAUUUUUUCAAUACUUUUAAAAUGUUGAAUUUGCCGAAAAAUAUUGUAUUUUUUCUAACGAACGUUUGAUCAAAUUGUACUUAUAUACCAACAUUCGAAAUAGGGCCGUUCGAAUGUAUAUGUAUGUAUUUUGGUUUGUAAAAAAAACAAAUAAAAACAAAACGAAAAAACGUACGCGUAAAUCAGUAUGUAAUAUAUUGCGGUUAAAAAUGUCGACAAUCGGCUCAAACUGAACAGAUACAAUCUGCGUUACCCUCUAGAUUUUCCCGAGGAAAACAAAACCGCGUUUACAACCGAGUCCAUCCGACCGAAAUAUUCCGCGUUGCCGUCGGAGCGAAACGCGCCGCGUAUGCUCGGGAUGUUUACCGCAGCAAUAACAAUAUUACGCUUAUGUGCGCCGAGCGAAAUGCGCGCGCACGCAUUUAUCAAUACAGCUACGCGCGUACUGUAUACACUCAAUUUUAAUAAUAAUAAUAAUAUUAUUAUUAUUAAUAUACGCGUAAGAUAUUCGUAGGAAUACACGAAGUGCGUACGCAUUUGCGAUACGACGUUGUGCCGUAUAUAAUAGCAGCGGUCGCACGGGUACGGGAUGAAAACAAAAACAAAAAGCUAUUAACUUUGAGGCCUUAUAAUAAUUGGUUCAUUGUGUUCGUAAUAAUAAACCCGCGCUAUAGCGCUGCACGUGUAUAAUAAUGUACUCGAAAUAGGAACCAAUAAUUGACGGCCAUUGUCGAUGCGUUUGUUUCAAAAUUGGCGCGCCUUUAACAAUAAUCAUACCUAUAAAUAUGUACAACAACCAGCGGAUAUUCGUGUAUCGUGCUAUGGUUUUUUUUUUUUUUUUUUCGUCGAAUUGCGCGCGAUGUUUUUAUAGCGUACUAUAAAAAAAAACAAUAGUGACAUUUUAUAACCUUUAUAACAUGUGGGCUUACAAUCAGGAUGUACUAUACUCCUUGUACAUUCGUGUCGUAUGCGACCUUUCGAUUAGUAUGCGGUUUUUCACGGCUAUAUCGUACAUUUUCACCAGAAACUAAGUGGCCCAUCUGGAAAUGGGCCUGGUAGCCUGGUAAUAUUCGUGUAUAAUUAAUUAAUUAAAAAUUUAGUAAAAUGUGUUGUCUAGAAACAUAAUAUAUUAUAUAUAAUAUUCUUAUUUUUUCUUUUUAAAUAUAUUUUCGUUUAAAGUCUUCUCCUCCUUGACCUUUAACCCUACCGUUCGGGGUCGACUACCAUCAUGCUAAACUUCCGCUUGAAUUAAUCUCCCACUAUGCAUUCACCAACUUUCCUCAUAUCGUUCUCAAUCGCAUUCAACCACUUCUUUUUCAGUCGUCCUCUCCCCGUCAGUGGUACCAAAGCUCAUAUAGUUAUAUGUAUAUGACGAGUCACCUAACCACCUAUACAUCCCCACUCACCCGUCCACAGAAAAUUUAUACGUUUUCUUUUAAAUAUAAACAAUGUAUUCUCUAGGUAUACGGUGUACUUACUUUUAUUACUAUAGUACCGAUUAUAAACAUGUUAUUUUAAUCUAAUUUUUUCUCAGAAUAUUUUUCCACACACUUACACUACUCCGAAAAACAAAAUAAUAGCUGACGAAAUGAAUUGUUUAGUAAUAAACUGACCGUUACAGAUAACAGUAUAACACUAUAAUAGCAUAAUUACUGAUAUACCAUGUGUAUCCCAAUCACUAUUAAAACGAUCUGUUGUUAGUUUAUUUUAUUUAACACGAUCUAAGAUAAUACGGUUUUCGCUUUAUUUUACGGGAUACCUAUCCCCGAAACAAAAGUGACAAAAGUAUGGCGACCACCAUACACGAACGUGGAUUUUGGCGCUACUGCUCCCCUCUUUCUUCCCACGUUUAUUUCCAUUACAGUUCUCAAUACUUCUAAAUCCUUUCUCCUCAAACUUUAAAUGUGCAUAUAAUAUACCGUACCAAUUACUAUUAUUUAUUCGUAAAUAUUAAUUAGUAAUUUGUAUAUAAUUUUUUUACAAAAUAACCAACUUAUAUCAUAAUAUAAGGACUAAUCGAUAAUCACAAUAAUAAUAAAUUUCCAAUCGCAUGACGCAGCGCGUCGUCCAUAACGUCAAAAUUCAAUAAUAAAUUGUAUAUAAAUAAUAUACUCAUACGUUAAUUCAGGCCUGCGUAUUGCGCAUGUGCAAUACAAAAAGGAUACUAAAAGGAUAGAACAUUUUAGCUUUAUCCUAAAAUAUAGAUAUAUUUCGGUACCAGACGGUACCUACCCCUAUCACAGAAAACCACAGUUCAAAUUAAGAUUAUCAGGCCGAGAUAUUAAACGGUAAAUAUAAGGCACAUUGUACUUAUAAUAUAUACCUACUGAUAACUUAUAUAGUGGAAUACUGGAUUGUUGGUAAAAAAAAAAACAAUAACCUUUCUCAGUGGCGUGGCGAAGGAGGUAAUCGAGAAGCGCCUGUCUCUGAUUUUUUUUUUAAUGGAUCUACAUUAUGACAAUUUUUAAAAAAGUGAUAAACCCAGUGUUAAGUUUUCGUGUAUAAUAGCCAAUAGGUGUGUAUUCGAAAAAAAUAUACUCGCCUAUGUAAAUAUUUAAGUUUACCACUCCACUGACCCCUCCCCUUCAGAUACGUGUAACGUGGCUGAUCAAAACAAACUACACUAUGAGACGCACGUUGAGUCAUCGUGUAUAAUAAAAUAUUAUAACCAAGUGUAGUUGUUUUUUUUUUUUUUUUUUUUUUUAUUAUUAUUAGUAAAUGAUAAUAAAUAAUAAAUUAAAUAGUAAAAAUUACUAUUACUUUAAUAAUAAAUGAUAUCAUUAUAAAUAUUCAGGUUUACACGCACGGUGAAAAUGUGAUGGUAACGAUGUGUAUACGCAACAAUAGCAACAAAAUGGUGAAAAAAAUCAAAGUGUUGAUGCAGCAGAUCGUGGACAUUGUCAUAUUCCAAAACGGUCAAUGCAGGACCACCAUAUGCGCCACUGAAACACAGUGAGUCUUCAUAAUACAAGUUGUGUUUUAUUUUAUGUUGCAUUGCUUUUACGGUUUUAUAAAAUCUUAUUAUGUCUAUAUAACGAAAUAAAAUUCCCUAGAAUUGUCAAAGAUUGAAGAAAAAACAAUAAUAAUAAAUUUAACGUUCCAGCUAUAGAGUCUUCCAAAUUGCAUUUUGAUUACAGUCAAAUUUUCCGUGAAAUAAUUUAUUUUUCAAAAAAUUACGUAUUUAUAUACUUUAAUUUGUAGGGGAGGAACCGUUACCUCAUUUUGAUUUUCUGUGAAUGGUGACCUGAAUUAAACCAUUAAAAAUCCCAUAAAUAAAUUGAGUAUUAGUUUAAAUAAAUUUUGGUGUUGACAUUUUUGAUGUCCGAUUACAAUGAACUUUUUUUCAAAAAAGUGUAUGAUAAUUAAGCCAUUGAAAUGUUACAUUUAUUGUUAAUGUGGUUGUCCCGGUAAUUGGGCCACGAACUUUUUUUUAUUAUCGGAACCGGUUAUUGGGCCACUGAUCGAAUAUAUCAAUUAUAUUAUGGAUGUAAAGUUAGGCAAACGCGAUUUGUAUAAAAUAAUAUUUUAUUAAUAACCACGGCCAUAAAAAAAAUAUAUAUAAACAUUUUUACACACAUAAUUAUUAGACUAAUUUUAUAUUUAUUAGUUUGUUGUUUACCAACUAUAUAUAUAUAUAUUUAUAAUAUAUAAUAUGAUAUGCAUAUAGCGAGUAAUCCAUAAGUGGCUACACUCGAUGUUUCGAAAAAUACUUUUUUCAAGACUUUUUUUGUUUUGACAUUUUACGAAAAAAGCAGCUCUAAAGGUUUACACUUACAUUAUUUUACUGUCGCCAUUAUUUUUGAGGGGUGAAACGAAUAACAACUUUUAAUUUUAAAAAGCGGCCCUUAUUAAAAAUUCCAUAAAUAGAUGGAGUAUUAGUUAAUUAGUAAAUGCAUUUUGGUGUUGAAAUCCCGUCGACGAGAUAUUCCACAUUUAUGUUUGGAUAGGAGGAGAUGAGCAAUGGAGCAGUAUGUUCAAACGCGGCACGCCUCGCUGUCGCAGAUUCCACUACUCUCCCCCCAGCAAAAUUUAAAAGUGGAAUACCUCGUUGAUUACAUUUUUGGUGUAUACAUACAAAGAUAAGAAACUCCUUUAGGUAGUAUUAUACUCGGAAAUAUUACUCUAUACAGGUGGUGAUAAAACCUUACUAUAGGUAUAGUGUUUUCAUUAUAUCAAAGCAGCCAUACUUACAUUGUUCGCUGUUAAUUUAUGUCACAUCAUACACGACUAUUAAUUUUUUUUCCAUUUUUUUUUUUUUUUUUAUCGCGGUUCAGUUUUUGUUUGUAUUCUGAUAAUCCUGCAGUUUUAUCCAGCGUUACGCGUGUUACUAGACCACGAGAGAUAAAAGGUUCUUGAAUUCAGCGUUGAUGAGUAUGUUUUAUUUUAACUAUACAUUUAAUUAAUGCCACUGUUUUCUGUUACGUACAAUGCAUGUAGAAGGAAUACAUAUACUGUUUUUGUAUUUUAUCAACGCUCGGGUUAGCUUCGCACGCCCGUUUAUUUUUAUUCGAUUUCCAACUCGUAUGAAAAUAUACAUUAUUCCUAUUGAUUAUGCCAAAGACACUAACACCAGUUCCUUAUUUAUAUUGAUAUGUAUACAAAAUAAUUAAAUAAAUAUACAAUGUAAAAAAAAAAAAAAAUCCAAUAAAACUGCCAUUACUAAGCCCGGACAGUAUAAUUAUAAAGGUUGUAUAUAUAUAUAUAUAUACGACCAGUUUCGAUUUAAAAAAAAAAAAAAACCGUCAUCAUCAGAUUAUAGAAGAGAAAAGGUUUUUAUAGGUUAGAAAAGGUCAGAAAAGGUUACGAAAUUACUAUUUUUUAACACAGGGAGUAAAUUGUAUUCGAUUUAAAUUUUAUUUAAAGUGAUUUUAAAUCGCGAUGAAAUAAAAAAGUUUUAGUUAUUAUCUAAAAAAAAUUUGUAUAGAAUAUUAUUUUUUAAAUCUGUCUGUUCAUUCAAGAUGAUUUUAAACGUAUAUUUUCCUGAACUUCAUCAUAAAUGUGCAACUUAUUCAAUACCGAUUUAAUGUAUCUAAACGUUGUCAUGGCAAUUCGAAAUCUCGAAGUCAUUAUUUGUAUCGAAAUCAACAGUAGGUAUCAUUAUAUUCUAUAACGUUUUUAAAACAAUAAGGCGAAGCUUUCUUUAAUCUUAUUUCAGAGUUAUGCCCAUUGCGUCUAGCUUUAAAUUUCAUUACAGUCAACUACAUUUAAGUUUCGUACUUCGGCAUAAUCAAAAGCAGGACGAAUUUUACCCUUAGCACGUUUAUUCGUUUUGAAAACGACCAAAAUUAUUACCUAUCAUUAUUGUUUAGAACUUUUCCAAAUUUAUUAGAAAUGUUCAUAUGAUAAUUCAUAUUAUACAAUAGUUAAUAAUAUUAUUAAUAAGGUAACAUUAUUUUAACUUUCAUCGUGGACUUUUCUAAUGCUUUUCAUAUCGAAAUAAUUAUUACGAGCAAUAUCGUAGAUAUUGUCGAGUUUUACUGUUUUCUAUGUUCACUGUUAAAGCAACGAAAUUCGAUGUGCUAUUAUAAUUUGCGUCUCUGCAAGUGUAAUUAUUGUACUUCCUUGUUCGUGUUGUUUAAACAUCUUGCCGUAUUCUCGGGUUGCCUAUAAUAUUGAUCCACGGAGUAAAAUGAAUGUGUCAUCGGCGCAAUUACCAGUGUAAAAAUCAUCGGCUGCGUAAACAAUGAAACAAUACAUAUUAUAACAAUGGCUAUCGGACGAUACCGUAGUUUCCGAUCGCGGGGUUGCUUUUUGUCAUAGACAAAAUAUUCAGCAGCUAUUUUUGUGCCCAAUACGGCGCUACGGCGGUUAUGUGCUCCACAACAAAUUGGCGAUUGCGUUCAUUACUGUCACUGACAAUCAUUGGUAGGCAUUUAAAUUCAAAUACCAUGUAUAUCUACUAGUAUCACACGCGUGCGCUACGAAAAUCCAGCGAAAAAUAGCCACUUGGCACAUUUAUUCGAUAUUCUUAUCGGUUUGAUUUUAUUAUUUUUCGAACCGAAAAUAUAAGUGUGACGAAAAAUCAUAAUAACGCAAUAGGUUUAAUGUUAAAGGAGUUAUAAAAAACGUAGUAUCCUGCAAAUAAAAUGUUCGUAAUAGUAUAAUCUCGUAACGACGAUGCGUUCGUAAAAUAUAAGUUUGGAACAAAUAUAUUCCUACAGGCUAUAAAGCCUAUAACACUAUAAACCAAAGGUUCCUGAAGUGGUCUAUAUAGCCCCCUCCCUCCCCCCGGGGUCCAUUCCGGCGGCGCUGAAACCAGCACUAACCAGCUUUAUACCUGAGCCAUAUUUGUAUCGAAUCGGUACGUAUAUGGAAUAUUAAUUGAGUGUGUUGUAUCGGAGUACAACUUUUUACCCGGCCGACUGCUCAAAACAUUGUUCGGCACUACUGGUCAAUUCUGACCUGUAAGGGGUCCAUGUCGUCGAACAAAAAAAAAAUCGAAGGCGCACGGGAUGUAAAUAGGGAUAAUAAAUGAUUUUUAGGGGAGGGGCGGAAAAUCAAUGAAAAAAAAUAAAAACUUAACUAGAGGUCUACGGGGAAAAAAAUUUGGGGACCUCUGCUAUAAACGUGUAUGAGAAAAUAUUGAAUUUUCGUUGUAAAAACCCGAGUCACUGCGCGCGCGAUUAUUAAUAUAAUAUUAUGUAAUAUCGUUUUAACUUUUGCCAUCGAUCAAUGUCCUCCCGGCAUAAUAAUAAUCAGCGGUAUAAUCGGGGUGGGGGGGGAUAAUAUAAAUGUGUUAAAAGACGUGAUAUAUUUUUUUUUUUCAAUGAUAGACGUGUGACACCGGCCCCCCCAUAAUUACAAUGAUAUUUUGUUAUUUUUAUUGCGUGAAAUCCGACGUAAAGAUUACAGAUCGCCGCCGCCGCCGCCACUGUACCGAAUAUCGCGCGACAGAAAGAAAAAAAAAAUCAUUCACGCAACGUCAUCGGCAACGUCGGAAUACGGAGAAAAAAAAAAAAAACAACAAACAAAUCGACCGUUCCCUCUCGAUCGUAUUACCGAAAACGGCCGUCCUCGCGACUGUCGUGUUUCACCGAUGACGACGACGACGAUGCGUACACGCGUUAUUUUCCUGUACCGCGUGUGUUACGCGCGGCGGCUAUUAUGACGGCGACGGCGACGCAUCGUAAACAACGCGUCGUUCGACGACACACCGAAACAACAACCGCCGCGCCAUCGCGACGCGUUUUCACCGCUUUAACCACGCGCGGCGUGUAACCGACGCAGCCGCCGAUCGUUGCGAUCGUUUGCGUGGCGCCGCCCGUCCAGCGCGCGGAGAGAAUACGGCCGAUGAGCAUGGGCGUCGUCGCGUGUCUUCGCCGCCGCCGCACACACGCUAUCUGUCGCCAUCGACGGACGGGCCGCCGAGACAUCUGGUCAAGACCGUAUUUCGCGCCCGACGAGCGGACGUCGCCCGAGUGAAAAGCAUUCCGGAACGGCCGUACAAUAAUAUUAUUAUGUGCGACGCGCGGGGAAAUGUCCUCCUCUUGCCGGCGACAUUCGUGGCGCGGCGGGUGGGGCGCAUGCACUGUGCGUUUGCGCCGACCGAGAUGUUCCGCGUGCGCACGUGUGUGUGUGUGUGUGUGUGUGUGUGUGUGUGUGUGUGAGGAGAGGAGGAAGGGGAGGCCGCGAAAAUGUCGUUGGGCGGACAAAGACGGACAAAACUGUGAAAACGAAUACCUGAACCGCGGUUGUUCAUUUUCUAAAAAUAAAUACUAUUACAAUCAUAUUUUUUUAAAAAAAAAAGGUCGGACAUACUUGGCACGUGGGCGCAACCACUGUUGUAGGUGGGAAGUUGGGACAGUAGGGUACAGACGGGAAUUUAAUGUACAUUUGUUAGCAACGAUAAACCAUUGCUAACGAAAAAGCGAUUCUGAACGGAGUUCUGUUGAUAGUGUCGCUUUGUCAACAAUAUAUUGUAUACCUGAGUCAUAUUAUGUUAGAAUGAUUACAACAAUGUGCGUUUUCAUAUCAACAAUGAUUGUUUAAAAAAUAUUAUAAUAAUAACAAAAAAUAAUUAAAAACGAUUGUCAAUGACAAACUUAUUUUUAAUCUUUCAAUCUUUUUGAACCCAAAGAACCAGGUUUUUCUCAUUAUCUCGGAUAUAAAUGAUAAUUUCAAAAAAUUACCUCUCUAAAAUACCACCCAGAGAACAUUUCCUUUCAGGAUAAGUGCUAUACUUAAUUAUCGGAGUAAGUUUUCAGAUAGAAAGUGUUCAUGUAAAAUAAAAAUAAUAAACAUCAUUGUAAAACCAAUACAUUCUUCGCUCCACUCAGAAUUUAAACCCAAAAUUUAAAAUAAUACAAUAAUUUUUCUCUGUUAAUUUACACGGUUUUUCUUUCUACUUGUUUUUCGGUUUUGCUCAAUUAUUAAAAAAAACAUCAAAAAACUACUUUCUUGGCCGUCAAUUAGAUUGAAAAUGUAACAAAAACGAUUUCUUUUCGUUUUUCUAUUGGAGCAAUAUUUAUUAUAUAAAACAUAAGCCGUAAAAAUAAUGAAAUCGUUGCGCAGUAAUUUAAAAAAAAUCGUAUUUUCGUCUUUUUGGAUUUUCCCAACUAUUUUGAUAAAUACUAAAAACGGUUUCCUUACCGGCAUUAACUAUAUCGUUAAAAGGAACAAAAUCGAUCUCUAAUCAUUUUUUGAUUGGAGCAAUAUUUUUGGUAGAAAAAAUGACGAACAACGAAAUCAGUACAACACCGAUAUUUGCAGUUUUACAUAUAAUUUUCUUUCGGGUUUUUCCCCAAUUAUUUCGAAAACCCCUUGAAAAAUCAAAAAAUUACCUCCUCAAUGCACCAACGAUAGAAAAUUACCUUUCAGAAAGAGUGCUACUCGCUAUAUACAUCGGAACAUGAUUUUUUUUUAAAACAAAAAUUGUUUACAGGCAGGACAAAUUAAAAGCACACGUAACCCAUGUGUAGUCCAAUCGCUUCGUUCGGAAUCUAAAAUAAAUAUUCAGUUUUAAAACUAUUGUUUCGGUUAUUUAUGUGGGGAAAAUAACGUAUACUGAUUGGUGGCCGUCAUAUUCGUGUUUACUACUGUAUAAUAUUAUUUGUCCCAUAAUACGGCCCUGGCCGCAGGGCGUUUAAAUCCCUAUAGCCACGCCAUUGCUACGCCAUUGCUACGCCGCCGAGGCAAUAAACUGAAACGGAAUUCAACGGAUAAGUGUGUUGAAAACGAAAUUUCGAACGGAUUUCUGCGAAAUGGAGCAAAUUGAUAAUUUGCAAUUGCAUUAAUACGUCAUUAUUUGUUCAUCGGUUAUUUGUAUAAAUGUUGAAAUCGUUAUUUAAUAAUACACUGUUAGUAGGUGUUUUUUAUUAUUUAGUUUUAUUAUUUGUAUUAGAUACGCGCUAAUGAACAAAUAAAAAUGUUUCAAUUGUUUACCGUCUCGAUUGAUUUUGUAGUGCCGCAUAAAUCAAAAUUGGAAAAAAAAAAAUUACUACACAAUAGGUAAAUUGAUUGCGAUUGAUUCGAGCGAUGUGCAUCGCGAUCAGCCAACGCGAUUAUAACGGCUUAGGUGAUAUUGAUAAUAUUUCAUUAGCAUAAAUAUAUACUAUGAACUAAAAAUACGGUACAUUUAGAAGACAAAUAAACCUAAUAAAUAUACGAAUCAAUUGACUUUCGAACUGUUUAAAUGUAUAAAUCAAUUUGAUUACGAAGAGAUAUUUUACGAUGUACCUGUACGGUAUUGUAUAUAUAUAUACAUAUAUCAUUUAAUUUCCGAUUAAAAUACACUUAACAAUCAACUGUCUAUCAUAGAUACGAAAAAUAUCAACGACGUGUUGUGUAUACUAACUCAUUGUGUUAGAGUGAAUAGUGAAUAGAAUUGUUUUUGUUAAUAAUUCUAAAUAUUAAACCCCGAUAAAACUCGGCGACUUUACCUAUACAUUAUAAUUGGUUUACAGAGGCAAUCCGUUUUAGUAUAAACUGUGGAUUCGAGAGGAAAAAAUCACUAACAGCUCUAAUGUAUCAGAAGAAUUUGUAAUUUAUAUUGCGUUAUUUCAUAAUAAACCAAAUGGCGGGUAAAAUAAAUUAUUAUCGAUCAUAUAUUAUUACGUCGAGAUGGUUGAUACGGACGAAACACGGCACUGACAGGUUGUAAAUUACUCGACCGGUACCAGCCCAUUGCAUCGAUCCGCCGAUAGGACGCCUCUGAUGCAUUCGCAGAUACCGGAUUUAUCAAAAAAUUGUUAUAAUAUUACAUUAAUACGUUAUUCAAAUUAUAUUAUAUCAUAUUCAAGCUCUAUACGUAUACAUCCCGCUUUUCCAACUUCGACGGUGGCACACCCAUCGACAUUAUUAGCUCUUUUAUUUACUUAUAUGGUCCAUGAUUGUAUAUGGGUCUUUAAUUCCUAAAUAGUUAUUAAAUCACAAUGGUUCAGUGGCGUGAUUGCGGGGAGGCAAAAGUAUAAUUUUGCCACCCGGGUAUUCCAACGCUAUAAACCUAUGAAUCUUCUCGAGUUAAGUAGGUUAAGUGAGUUACGCAAUUCUAAAUUCAAUUCAAUGGUAUUUAUAUAUAUAUAUAUAUAUUAUUUUUUAUAUGUAAAAUACGUAUAAAUAAUAACUAAAAAAUUAAUUAGUAUAUACUUUUUUAAACUACUUACAGCACCUUUAUAUUAAUACGCUCGUAUACAGGUACUUAAUAUUAUUUAACAAUAUGGGUACCUAUAGAACCUGUUACCUACAAUUCGUUUCUAAGCCAUAAAUGAGUUUCAAAACUUCUGUAAAAACAAACAAUUAGGUAAACCGUGUACAAUAUACACACAAUAAAAAUUUAUUUAACCGGGGGGGGGGGGCUCAGGAUUUAGAUUGUGAUGGAUAAAUUACCCCCCCCCCUAGAUUUUUAUCCAGUUACGCCGUUGUCAUAGUUGAUUACAAUAAUACCUAUACUAUUUCAGAGAAGGGUGUCCAAUAUUACCAGGUUCGUCAUUACAAAAGACUAUAGUGAUGAUGCCGACCUUGGAUAACGUUAAGGGCAGAUACGGCGUUGCUUUAGAGGAUCAAAUUAACGGCCACAAGGAAAUAUCGUUAGCUUCGUCCGUUUUGUGAGUAUUACGACUAAACUAGUAUAAUAAUAAUAAAUUAUUAGAAUAUAGAGCAAAGUACCUGAAACAGAGGACAUUAACACCACCAAUCGAAAAUCGAUGAUAGAUUUUUUUAUAAUACAUUUUGUCAAACUGGUGAUUAUUUUUUAUUUUUCUUGUAAUUAUCAUUACAAUUGUGGAAGGGAGGGGUUAUAGUCGGGAAACGGGAAUAUCUACGCGAUAAUACGAUUUCUGAUAUUUUCUAUUUGGUUUUUUUCAUUUUAUAACAUUUAUUAACAUUAGAAAUAAUUGUACACGUAAAUUCUCUAAACUUUUAAAAAUUAAUAAAAAUAAAAAGUUUCAGAGCUUCGACGUUUCCAAAAAAAAAAAAUAAUAAUAAACUUUAUAAAAUGGCUAUUUUCAAAUUUUUCGAACAAAUAAUCGUAUAAAAGUAAUUUUUUAGUUUUUUCACUAAAACAUACAAAUUUAAUUCAAAUACAAACAUUUGUAGUCCUAUUGUGAGUAAUAUACAAAGAAAAAAAAAAAAAACAGAAUUUGACUAUCUGCUUGAAUAUCUCAAGAGAUAUGGAUAUGUCUUCGUGGGACAUCCGGUAAAUAUAUUAUGUAUACGAGUAUAUAUUAUAUCUUAUCUUCCAAAAUGGUCGCUUACAACUGUCACCUAUCCAUAAGCAUUAUAAUAUCCUGUACGAAGAACGUCGCAUCGACGUACAUGAAACCUGCAAUGUUUCUGGCAGUGAGGCAUAGAAUAAUAUUGUGUUGACGCCGCCAUAUUAUAAUUUCACCGAUCAUUUCUCGCGAUACACAACAAACUUUUCGUGUAACCAUAAUAUGUAAAUCGAACGCAUCGGCAAUGUAUAAUAUAAUAAUAUAAUAAUGGUUACAGAAUAUCGAGUUCUGACAUCAAAGACUUGUUCGGUAUAAUCGUGUCGUAUUCAAUCAAGGUCAAGUUGUAUUUGGGCGCGUUGGGUGGCGAGCUAACAGCCGAAUUGCCGUUCCUCGUUAUGCACUCAAAAGUAAGUAGCUAAUAGGUAUAUAAUGGUAUUUAUUUAUUUUUUACCAGUAGAUAUCAUAUUAUUACAUUUUAUUUGUUUAUUCCGUAAACAAACACAUGCACAUGUUACACCGGCGACGUAAGGUAAUUUCGUCGUUUGUAUCAUAUUCGAUGUUAAAUUAAAUUAAUCAUCUCUCAGUAUAAUGAGACUAUUCGGAAGCCGCCGAGUAAAACUCGAAAACACGUACCUAUGCACGAUAUAUAUAGGGUGAUAUUUAAGCAUGCUCGCCCCAUUUGAAUGGUUAGAUUAUGGGUCGAUUAAAACUCUGAUUUUUGAACGUUUUAAGUGUGUAGUGAAAGACGAUAUUUUCGCAUAGGUACUUCGAUUUUUCACAACAUUUAAUAAAUUUUCGGUAAUGAUAUCAACUAUGGUUUUUCAAACGAAAAUCCACAUGUUAUUAUAAUUGUCAAUCAUAUGAUUUUUCUGAAAAUGUUGACGUUAUUCUGCUUUAAAUACUAAAACCGGUAACAAAUGUUCAAAUAAAAUAAAAAUAGAUAGUUUUCUGUGGGGAUUGGAUAUCGGCUGUUUCGUAGGACUCGCGUAUAUGCGAUUUCUUGUUUUGAUUCGUGCAGUUACCGAAAAACCAGUUUUAUGCUAUUAACCUUUAGUGGGUUCGUGUAGGUUCUCAUUUGAGAAACCGAGGUUAGUAAUGCCACAGGAUACUCAUUAAUUCAGUGUUAUGAAAAAUAUAAGAAUUCGAAAAUAUUGUCUUUCAACCUUCACAAUCAUAAAAAAUGGGGUGAGCAUGAUUAAAAAAAUCACCCUGUAUACUUUAUGUAUCGUAUAUAAUACGAACAUUUAAAGAAUAACGAUGAGUUUUAUGGCCAGAAAUCAAUUAUUUUGUUUAUAUGAUUUGUAUUUUAUAGACGCGUUUCAUUUUUUUAUUACCUAUACGUUUUUAAUAAUGCCGUUUACCGUUUAAUAAAACGAACCCAUUGAAGGACAGGCGCUAUAAAUGCAAACCAAAACAAUUAACAUGAUAAUAAUAUUAUUAAAUUCAAAUAUUAUUAAUAUAUUAUUAAUAAUUAUUAUGCAGGUAUAGUCUUAUAUAAUCAUAAUUGUAUUAUUGAUCGUUUGAGAUCACAAAAUGUUUCUACAUUUUAGAUCCUUGAGGGAAGAGAAAAAUGUAUUGGUUUUUUCAAUGAUAAUUACUAUUAUUUUAUAUUUAUCUGCAAACAACUUUUCUAUCGGAAAUAAUGUUUCGAUUUUUAAAUGAAGCACUUUUUCUGAAAGAAAAUUUUAUUUCAGUGGUUCUUAAGGGAGUACUUUUAUUUUUGAUUUUCCUAACAGUUUUCAUAAUAAUUGAAAAAAAACGUCAAAUAUUUACGGCCUUAUCGAUUUCAUUGUUUUUAAUUCUUGUUAACUAAACUAACCAGAAAUAUUGCUCCAAUCGAAAAAUGAUAAAAGAUCGAGUGAGUUUGUUUUAUAUAAUUUAUAGCCACUGUCAAGUGAAAGUCGUUUUUUGGUAUCUAAAGUAUUUUUCAUAAUAAUUGAAAAAAACCAAAAGCCGAAAAUACGAUUUUUUUUUUUUCAAACGAUGGUACAAGGGAUUUCAUUAUUUAAAAUGUUUAAGAUUAUUUUUUUUUUUCCAGAAAUCUUUAUUCAUAUAUUUCAAAAAUAGUAUAUUUUCAGAAAGAAAAUUUGUCUAGUUCAUAAGUAAGAAAAUAUGUAUAGGUAUUUGAUAUUUUCGUAUUUUUAUGUGUAUUUUUAUUUGGUAAGUAUCUGUUAGUAAAAUUAUAUGACUUAAGAGAAAUUAUUGAAAAUUUAACACAAUUUGAGUUCAAUGCUUCGCACUGUUGGCAAAAAUUAUCCGUAUAAAUAACGACUAACACACAAAAUUGCUGUUACAAAAAUGUUUAAAACAGCUAUACAGAACUUUCUCCAGCGACGUCGCUUGGCAAACUAACUGGCAACAGUAGAUUCAUCCAAACGAUACUACCGGUAAAAAACGGUACUACGAAACUCCGCCUCCUUUACAUUAGUCCAAAUCCUUUUCGGUACGCCCUCGACCAUAAGUUUUGUAAUGUCAUUGGAAGCUGAGCUAUGAUUCACCUAUCAGAAAAAAAAAAACAUUUUAUCAUUAUAAGUCAAUUUAUGACAUUUAUUUAACAACUAAUUAAAACAAACAAAAAUUAUCAUAAAACAUAUUUACUACAAAACCUAAUUAUUAGUUUUAAAUACAUUAUUAUAUUUUACUAGGUUAAACAUAAUACAUAAAUACAUAGCCAAAAGUUUAUUUUAUAUAAAUUAGAUCAAAUUAGAUAAUCACGUAUAUCGUUUCAUCAUUUUCAAACAAGAUGUCGCUAAUUCUACUGCUUUGCAAUUAUUCAUCAAUUUAUGGAACAUCGUUUCCUGUGUCGUCCUCGUCUCCUUGUUAGACGUAUUCGCUGUUUUAUUUUUGCGCUUCGGUGCACUGCUUGUUCCAUGUGACGCUCCAGUUUCUGAGCAUUAAGUAGCGUCGACAAUUUCAACGAGUUCGGCGAUGACACCGUCCUCCACGGAAGUAUUAUUUUCAACGGGGCGGCGUUCGCGUUAACUUCUGAAUAAGUUUUGAAAUACAUAAUCUAAAUGUAUAUUUUAUACAUUAUUAACUUAAUAUAAAGUCUGCCUAACCUAAUCUAACAGAUUAACGUACAAAAUUAUACUAAAUAAAAUCUCUAUUUUAAGCUGUAUUUAUACUGAAAAUAAAAACAUUUAUAAUGAUUAUUGUUUUUUUUUUCUAAGCACAACAAAUUACAUGUUAUUAGUUUUUAUGUAACCUGAGUAGAAAAUGAUGUAAUUUUAUAAGAAUAAAAAUAAGAUGCAAUUUUGUAUUGUAUUACUUUGUAGGCUCCACGUGGAGCCUAUAACAAUUAUUCUAUGAUAUAAUAUUUAUAAUUGUUGCGUUAUCUUUAUACCUUUUUUAAACUGCAUGCUUGCUCAAUAUUAAAUAAAAUUUAAUUUUUACCAACAGUAAAUCGAACUAUGUACUACAUGAAUAACUCGAUGUAUAGAAUACAUUAGACAAUAAAUUGUGUCAAAAAAAUAUUGAACACCAUAUCUAAUGUCCAGAAAUUUAAAACCGGCCUCACACAAUGAAAAUUUAGCUUGAUAUUUUGAAGUGCAUGAAUUAAAAAAGUUCAAUCUUGAUGAUAAACUGAGAUAUUAUGGAUUUUGCUACUUCGAACAAUAUAUAAUGAAUUUGAGAAAUCGAAUGAGUAUUUUUCAUAUUAUGUAUUCACAAUGAAAAAAAAAAUUAAUAAAAUAAUUUUUUUUUUAAAUUUUCCCGUUCUUUUGACGUAUUUUUCAGUUUGGCUCAAUUAUUAAAAAAAACUACAAAGAAAAUCAAAAAACCACAAUCAUGGUCACCAACAAGAUAAAAAAUUCAACAAAAAAGAUCUCUUGUUGUUUUUCUAUUUACACAAUAUUUUUGGUAGAAAACUGAAAAGACUAAAAUUUAAAAUGAAUUAAAUUGUAAUGCCAUAAAUUUAACAGUUUCAAUUUUUUAUCAUUUGUCAUUUUCUGUUUUUUUCAAUUACUACAAAAACUUACCAGGAAAAUAAAAAAAAAAAACGAAAUAUUUAUUCGUAUACUAAAUAUUUAUACUUUUACGUACAUUUUCGAUCUAAAAGAUUUACUGGAGUAAUUUCACUAUAUUGAUAAACCAACACUUGAUACUCGUAUCAACUACCAAAACGAGACUUAUGAACAAUAUCAUCCAGCAAACCUAUAGCAAAAUCGUACUCGUCAUGUUCUCAUAUGUUUUCAGUAUCUAUACACACGUCUAUUAAUUUAGUAAACACAUUUUCGCUAAUUUCGACACAGUUCAUAACAAUCCUUACAAUCCUUACAAUUCCUCGCGAAUUGGACCGAAGUAAACGUUAUACUUUAGAGUGGGAUCGUUUAGUUUCCACUUGUCAUUAACUGAUGAUUCGGCGUUUGAUCCGAUAAUAUAUAAGUUUUCACAUUCAUUUGGAAUCUAAACGAAAUGAAACGUCUUCGUACGAUUCACCAUCGACGUUUUCGUCGCCAUUCAUGAUGGAUAUAAACUUCAUAGAAUAAUAUUUCACAGAAAUUCUCUAUAACGCUUUCGUUCCUGUUCUAGUUCAGCUGACUCUUCUCUUAUUUCUGCUCGUGUUUUGCUUAUUUUUUUCUCCUUAUUCUGAAUUAACUCGGAGUUAACUGUAUAAUCGACGAUAAAUCGAUGUAUUGUGAAGAAAUUACUAUCUAAUGUAAAAUGUUAACGAUAACUUCACUGACCGCUGUAUUCUUAUAGAAUGACAUUUUUAUUAGAUAAUCGCACACCGUGUAUAUUUGACGGUUGGCGUUCAACUUAAACUUGAAAAUAAUUAGAGACGCUUAGAACACGAGGAGUAUAAGUGACAUUUUUUCAAUUUCGAGAAAAUCGAGUUUAAAAUUAUUUGUAUUAAAUACAAUUAUUAUAGUAUAUUGUCAUAUUAUCAAUUUUCUUGUGUUCGAAUGAUAAAAACAAGUUUUAAAUAUUUGGCAGUAUAGACGCAUAAGUGUGUUGACACCCCUGCUCCGUGGCUAAAUCGUUUAACCGCCACCGGUCAACAAGCGCCAAAAAUUGUUUAAUAAUAUUAAUAACUAAACGAAAAUCAAGAGAACUUUUCUCCAAAACAUUAGGAAUGUACUUCUGAAUUUACGGUUCGAACAUAAUAAGAAUGUUUGUCAUAGCGACAUCACGUAUUAUGGCAUUAUGAUGUCACAUCAUUAUUAUUAUUGUUAUUAUUAUUAUUAUUAUUAUUACUGUUCAUUUUCAUUUGUUUGUUUUCAGCCGGAAAAGAAUGUACCACGUAUACCACCGUCAUGAUCUAAUGGACGGAUUAUCAAAAUGACAAAUAGACGUAUAUUAUUGUAGUUAGAUAUUUAUCGGCAGUAUUGAAAAUAUACAGUAUAAGUAUAAUAUAGUUUAUUACAAUAUUUUAUUAUAGAGAUAUAUUAUUAUGAUCUACGUUAUUGCUUGUAUUUUUUAUUUUUAUAUUUAAACAUUUAAAUUGAUACUUCUGUAAUCUAGUAACGCAAAUUCCUAUGAGCGAAAUGGGGGACAGUUGCUACCUAAAAUGUUGACGAUAGGUGUGUGUAGUGUGUACCUAAAUGGUGGGUGGUACUUCGUAGCUGGUAAGUAGGUAUCUACUCGAUGAUUAAUAUACGUUUAACUUAUGACACUGGCCAAUAGCAUAAUACGUGUCAUGUUCGCCUUGGUUUUAUAGUUAUUUGUAGCCGUGUUUGUACUAUAACAAUAAAAUACGUUUCUAUAUAAUAUAAUAUCCAUUAUACAUUGUACACUGUACACGCUGUACACACACUGCAAUGUACAUACAAUAGUUACGUAGGAGACAGUGUAUUACAGUUAUUAAGUUAAUACUUCAAUAUAAUAUGCUCAAAAUUAUCAUUGAAUGCAUUUUUAACUUUUGUUCAGUAUAGGUAUAUAAACAAUUAACAUGAAAUGACUUUUGGCGAGAAUAUAUGCAACUUUCUAAAUUAUUUCACGAUUGAAGAAAACACAGUUUUUCCAAAAAUACUAAAUUCUAAAAAGAAA